CACAUGUUGUCGUCUCCUCAACGGAAAAAGAUGUGAAGCAGGAGAUGCAAAGGGAAAUAGAGAAACCUCGGCCGGAGUCGGUGGGAAUCAACGACAAUGAGAUCCGCAUCACUUCGCAGGGACUCAUCCGUAAUUAUGUCAACUACGCCACCAGCCUACUUCAGGAAAGAAGUUUGAGGGUGAUUGUGCUAAAGGCUAUGGGACAGGCAAUCAGCAAAGCAGUAGCUGCUACCGAGAUUAUCAAGAUUAAAUGGAAUCCUCAUUUACAUCAAGAUAUCUCAAUAAGUUCUGUCAGAAUCACUAAUGUUUGGGAGCCUAUUGAAGAGGGUUUGGUCCCGUUGAAGACAAAACGUCUUGUGUCAGUGAUCUCUGUAACUUUGUCAACCGGAGAGCCUAAAAAGAAGACCACAGGUUAUCAAGCGCCAGCUCAAAUUGAGCAGCCAAAGCGUCAACAGAAGUUCCAACAAUUACAACAGCCUCAACAACAACAACAACAUCGACAAACAUUAGGCCAGCUUAAUCAAGAUUCAUAUGGACUGGGACGCGGUAGGGGCAGUGGAAGAGGAAGGGGCUGGACAAGAGGUGGAUAUGGUGGCUAUGGUGGAUAUAACAACAAUCAGGGUGGGUAUUAUGGAUACCGCAGCAAUCGAGGUGGGUACAGCAGUGGGGGGUACAGCAGUAUCAGCUAUAAUCAAGGUGGACACGGUGACUACCGAAACAAUCAAGAAAAUGGUGGAUGGAAUGGAAAUUGGAGCAGAGGUGGUGGGCCAGGUAGAGGUUGGAAUUUUUAUGGCACUGCAGGUCCUGUCUAUGUAGGAGGAUAUGGAGGUGGCCCAGUUGGUGGCGGAAGGAAUGGCAGUGGCGGCAGAGGUUAUGAUCGUGCACGAGGACGGAUGGGUGUCCGUGGGAGAGGAGGGAACUAGCUCUCCCUGUUGGUAUCCAUUCUUGUGGUCUACUAUCCACCCCCAUUCAAGUUUGAAUUAUAAGCUUAUCCAAUUACUUUUUCAGCCACAUCAACUUUUCAAUUGAGUUCAUACAAGAACAUCUGUCGAUAAUAUCCAGCAUUUUUAUCCCAUUUACUCAAUUGGAAUCUUGUUGAAGACUCGGUAACAUUUUAAGAAUGUUUCUGGCUGUGCCAUAAAUAGUUCUUU